AUGAGUAUAGACCGUACUCAGGAACUAGACAAACAUGACAAUGAGGCUAGCUCUUCUGGGGAAGAGGCCCUCAGAACUCAGUACAUGCUGAUGGGGAGGCUGGGCCAGGGUGCCUUUAGCAAGGUGAGACUUGCCUACCACCGCCUCACUGGGGUGGACGUGGCGGUGAAGGAAAUGAAGAGGGGUGAGUAUAACUCCCUGAUUGCAUCGGAGGUGAAUGUGUUGAGGAUGCUGGACCACCCUCAUGUGAUCCAGUUGUUUCAGGUCAUCGAGUCUGAGGACUACAUCUACCUGGUGCUGGAGCAUGCCAAGAGCGGGACGCUGUGGGACAAAAUAGAGCACUCGGGCCGCCUGCAGGAGGAGGAGGCCAGGAGGCUGUUUGGGCAGGUGGCAUCUGCGUUGUGUUACUGUCACCAGAGGGGCAUAGUGCAUAGGGAUCUGAAACCCGAUAACAUUCUUCUGGACCAAGCCGGCAAUGUGAAGAUAGCUGAUUUUGGCCUGGCCACCUGGUUCUUACCUGGCCAGAAACUGAAACAGGGAUGUGGCGUGUUAGCAUUUCGGGGUCCAGAGUUUUACCUGUGCCAACCAUACGAUGGCCCCAAGGCGGACGCCUGGACCCUGGGGGUCACCCUAUACUUCAUGCUCACUGCGGAGUUUCCAUUUCAUGGUACCACCUAUUGGCAGCUGAAGCCACAGAUCCUAAAAGGAAAAAUCAGCCUCCCCUACUACCUCUCGACUUCGGGACGAAAUCUUAUCUAUUCUUUGUUAAACUAUAUCCCCUGGCGGAGGCCCACGAUGGAGCAGGUGUUGUGUCACCCUUGGCUUACCGAAGCAGCAGAAAAGCCCCCACCAAUUCAUUCCAGCAAGACCCUACCCAGCCACCUGGACCCCAACAUCAUGCUGGCAAUGACAGAGAUGGGUUUCGACCCCAGUCAGAUACAGGACUCUCUGCUUCGCAGGCGGUUCGAUGAGGCCUUAUGUAUCUACCUGAUGCUCCAGCGUCAGAAGUGCCAGGGGCUUU